AUGUCGUCCUCCGCCCCCGCGGUCGCCGCGCCCUCCGCCUCCGCCUCGGCGUCUGCCGGCCCCUCGAUCCCGAUCGCGCUCCACGGCGACGCCAAGCCCGGCCAGCUGUACAACUCCUCCGCCAUCCCCAAGUUCCCCUCGUCGUCGCUCGGUGGUGAGCCUUACGGCGGAACGGAGCAGGAGCCGACGUACUUCUACGCCGCCAAGCUUCUCGACACCGACACUGUCUGUGGUGCUUCCGACAGCACCGUCGUGGUCUCGUGCUGCCCCAACUCUGACGCUGUCCCGUCGCCGGAGAACGACGACUUCGGCUCCAACUGCCGUUUCCGCGGCGACGCGGACCAGAUCCAGUCGUGGUUCUCGAACUGCACCAGCGUCCUCGCCAAGGAGCACAACGUCGCCAACCUCGAGACGGGAUGCUGGCCGUGGAGCGAGUUCCGUGCCGCGCGCGCGGCCAAGACGGAGGAGAAGCUCGACACCCUCGCGACCGAGGACGAGGUGUACUGCGCCACCACCUCGCCCCCCAACGACCUGAACACGGCCACCGAGCAGUGCUGCUACUCUGCCGGCGGAAGCUUGGGUCAGGACAAGGCCGUCUGCGGCGGCAUCACCGAGGCCGACAACAUUGACGUCUUCAUGGCGUGCGCUAACUCGCGUUCUGCCGGCGUUUGCGCCAGCGCCAAGUACGAGGAGAAGCACCCUCCCGCCGACGCUGGUGCUCGCGCCAACGCGGCCGGCGCCGCCCUCCUCGCCGCUGGCAUCUCGCUCGCCCUCCUGCCUAAGCGCUAUAGCGAUAACGAAAAUCAAAACGCCUUUCCAUCGGGUACAUCUGUAGUUUGUAUGAAUUUAAUGCCUCCGCACACUGAUCCCGCCGGGUACUGA